UUUCUGUUGGCAACAUUGGUAGCAGCUGUCUUUGACAGCAAAGAUAUAAAGAUAUAAAAAAAUGCAAUUUAAACUGUGAAAAUCUUUAGGUUAUCUCGUAAAUAUUAUAAUAUUAUUGUUAUAGGCAAAUCAGAGUAAACAUCAACAAUGGCGUUAAUGAAAUCUAAAGACAUCCCCGAGGAUGCUGUAACUUUAGACGAAAUGGAAGCAACAGAAUACGUCUGGAAUAUAGUUUCCGAUUGGGAGUCGAUUUCGGAUACUUGGGCUUUAAAGUAUGCUCCGAUGGUCCUGGGUGGAAUCAAUGCUGCUUGUGGCGUGUUGAUAAACAGAUACUACAGAAACAAACUAAAAUUGGGACCAUACGGAUACUUUGCAUCUAUUGUUCCUAUCACUGCCAUGCCUGCCACUCUAACAGCCCUUUUUCACAGACAAUUUAUUUCAACAGACUUGCUUCUGAUGAAGAGUCAGGCAUGUCCAUUGUGUUACGAGUUCAGAUCAGCUGCAAUACAGUGCGGACUUGGUACUGCGUAUCCUAUGGUACUCGCACCAUUGUCAGCAUUGAUGUUCGCAAACAGAUACUCGACCUCAAGAGUGCCUGAACUCAAAGAGGGUCCGAAAGUAAUGUUCAAUUUUUUGAGGAAACUCACAAGACCAUUUAAUCACCAACUGACAUACAUGAUAGUGAUACAAACUAUCGCCUCAUCUGUUUUCACAUACUACGAAAUGACCAACAACUUAACUAUAAGAUCAAAGAUUAUGGAGAUAGAAGCAAAAAUAGAGAACAAAAACAAAUGAAUGUUGAAUGUAAAUGUAGAUGUUUUGUAAAUAGAUAUUUUAUUAUUAAAAAUGUUGUGUUAAUAA